AUGUUCUUGCCAAUGGCACGCGAAGCCUCUUCUGGCCCUCAGAAGUCACGAAGCCGAUCAUUCAAUCCUCCCACCACGUCACCGAUGCCUGCAUUGGCUCUCUCGGCCCUCGAGCCUAAUUCUCCAUCCUUCCAGCCCGCUUACCACCUCGCACUUUACCUACCAAUUGGACAGACCGAAGCCGAAGCCGAAUCCCAACAAGACCUGCAAAACAGCAUAGUCCUGACUAACGCAUCAGAGGAGGACUACCUCGUCGUUUCCGCGACCCCCUCCGUCCAAGUUUUGCCCACUUCGUCAGUUCAGCCAACCCUACCACAGUUCACUAGCAUGUCCGAAUUCGCAGGAGAAUACCCAUCAUUGAGAAGACCAAUCUCAACCCCCCAAGACCCCUUCAACAUCUCCUUCUUCGAUCCCACCGAUGAGGGAAUAGCCUUCAUCGAUCUGAUCAUGUCUCAUCCCGUACCAGAUCUCACCGCGGACGAGACCGACAUCCUGCGCGAGGCAUGUGCUCUGUUCACCUGGGACGCCUUCCUUGCUCCAAACGCUAUCAACCUCUCGCCCGCCCCCCUUACCAUCACCAUCCGUCCAUUCGAGCAGUUCCUCACCCAACACCUGGCCCAGACCCAGCAGCUGCUCGCGUCAACCCAGCCUCGCAGCCUCCAGCUACUCAGCGCUCUCGCUCGGCAACGACACACCCUCGGCAUCAGAGUCGCUCAGCAGCUGAUCGGCAGCCUGACCGCUCGCAACUUGGAGGAGAGCCAGGUGCAGGGACUGGUGAGCUUCUACUACGGGGCGCUGAAGCGGCGUUGGGACGAGCUGGUACUGCUGGCUGAUGGAGUCACGGAGGAGAGAGGUCGGGACUUUAGGCAGGGGGGUUGGAUUGGAGGCUUGGAGUAG